GUGCUCCAUGGCUUUUCCCAGCGAUCUCUACGGUAAUAUAUUAGAGAUUGGUGGCAUUUUCAGGUAUUGAUUCCUUCACCUCCUCUCUCGGCCGUCGAAAUAACAUUGGGCGCUUGAUACCUGUUGAAUAGCUAGCCGCCGUAAUAUCGGUCUGUGCUUGAGCUCUCGACGAGGGGCUACAUGAAGUCCUUGCUCUCGGAAGGCGUCUGUUCCUGUGCCCAACGUUUAUAGCUGCUUGUGUAGGUGUUAUCUGUUGCCCUGUUCUUUCACGCGCAGCUGUUUUCGAGUUUUGCUUUUAAGCUUUGGCAUGAUACGCUGCUGCAAAAGCCGGCCUCUGCAGCGAGUCAGGUGAUUUUCUACUACACCCCCGUGCAUCACCGCCUACUUGUAAGUUUGCCCGCUUGCCAGGAAAGAUUGACAAUGGCCAGCACCAGCUUUCGUGUCGCGCUCGUCCAGCUCGCAGUGAAAGCGAGCAAAGCAGAAAAUCUAGCACGUGCCGGGGAUGAAAUCAAGAAGGCUGCAACCAGCGGCGCCAAGCUCGUGUGUCUGCCGGAAUGCUUCGGGUUCCCAUACGGCGCUCAGUACUUCCCCAAGUACGCCGAGUCGAUCCCCGGCGAAACGAGUGAAAUGCUGUCUAAAGCGGCGCAAGAAAACGGCGUCUAUCUCAUCGGUGGUUCCAUGGCUGAAACGGAGAACGGCAAACUCUACAACACUUGUCUCGUCUACGGUCCCGACGGCAAGAUGCUCGCUAAGCACCGCAAGGUUCACCUCUUCGACAUCGACAUUCCCGGAAAGAUAACGUUCAAGGAGUCCGACAGCUUCACGGCCGGCAACAGCCUGACGACGUUCGACACCCCUUACUGCAGAGUGGGCCUCGGCAUCUGCUACGACCUGCGCUUUGCCCAAAUGGCGCAGCUCUACGCUAAGCAGGGUUGCAAGCUGCUCUUCUACCCGGGCGCUUUCAACAUGACGACCGGGCCACUCCACUGGGAGUUGCUGCAGCGCGGUAGGGCAGUCGACAAUCAGGUGUACGUGGCCACUGCGUCUCCGGCUAGAGAUGAAAGUGCCUCUUACGUUGCGUGGGGUCACAGCAUGCUGGUUGAUCCCUUGGGCAAAGUGGUCACCUCAGCGGGUGCCGAGGAAGAGCUGGUCAUCGGCGAGGUUGACCUGGAGCACCUAGAGGCCGUCAGAAACCAAAUACCGAUUACGAAGCAGAAAAGGGACGAUCUUUACGAUGUUGUGAGUAUAGGUGACGGUAACCACGCCAUAUAAGAUCAAUUCAACUUUGCAGAUAGAAACUCUUGAUGAGCCACGGCUUAGUACACAAUGUCUUGUCAGUAGCAAAUAAAUCUCUUUUGCUGGAAAAAAAUAUAUA